GCACGGCGGAAGGCGCAGGCGCGCGCGGGGCGGGACUGGGGGCGGGCCGUGCCGUGCCGGCCGUGCCUCAGUUCCUGCCUGGCGCGCCCGCACGUUCCGGCGCGCAGGCAGGGGGCGCGGGGCGGCGGCGCAGUUCUAGCUGAAGAAACACACUGAUCUACAUGUGCUUUGCUGUCCGUUGGAAGAAUGACAGAUGACAAAGAUGUACUUCGAGAUGUGUGGUUUGGACGAAUACCAACCUGUUUCACUCUGUAUCAGGAUGAGAUAACUGAAAGGGAAGCUGAACCUUAUUAUUUACUUUUGCCUAGGAUAAGCUACUUGACACUGGUGACAGACAAAGUGAAGAAACACUUUCAGAAGGUUAUGAGGCAAGAGGAAAUUAGUGAAAUAUGGUUUGAAUAUGAAGGUACACCAUUGAAAUGGCAUUACCCAAUUGGUUUGCUGUUUGAUCUCCAUGCAUCAAAUACAGCCCUUCCUUGGAGCAUCACAGUGCAUUUCAAGAAUUUUCCAGAAAAGGAUCUUCUGCAUUGCCAUUCUAAGGAUGUGAUUGAAGCUCAUUUUAUGGCUUGCAUAAAAGAAGCAGAUGCUUUAAAGCAUAAAAGUCAAGUCAUCAAUGAGAUGCAAAAAAAGGAUCAUAAGCAGCUGUGGAUGGGGUUACAGAAUGAUAAAUUUGAGCAGUUUUGGGCCAUAAAUCGAAAACUCAUGGAGUAUCCUCCAGAAGAUAGUGGAUUUCGAUACAUCCCGUUUAGAAUUUAUCAGGCAACGACAGAGAGACCUUUUAUACAGAAGCUAUUUCGACCAAUUGCUGCAGGAGGACAGCUGCAUACUUUAGGAGAUCUCCUAAAAGAUGUGUGUCCUACUGCUAUUACCCCUGAAGCAGCUGGAUUGGACUCCUGAGACUGCAGAACCUCAGCAUUUUUGUGCUGCUAAAGUCUCCAUGAAACCCACUCAAUCAACCCAUUUCCUCUCUGAUGCUGGUCCACUGAGAGAUUAACAAGCUACCGCUGUCAACAGAUGCUCUAUUAGCUCAACAUGCAGAGGAGAGUGUGGAGCUAAGUGUUUCUACCCAGUUUAUGGGCAUAUGAGAAUUUAAUUUGUUAGCAUUUUUGUGAACCUGGGAAACCAUGCACAGAUGUUUUCCUUUUAAUGCAGUUAUUCAUUUGAAGUUGAAAUUUAGGAGGUAUCAGAAUGUGAAACUGCCUGUACAAUCUUAAUUUCCAUGUGCCUCAGUGUCUGUGCCCUCUCCCCUUCUCCCUGCCCCACCAUGAGACAUUUGUUUUCCAGCACAGGCUAGGCAUGUUUUAGUGUUAGGGCUAUGUAGUGGAAAAAACAUUGUCCUGAUUGUUGAAAUGAUAGAUGAGCGUAAAUGAUCAAAUGAGCUUACUUCACACGUUGUGGUUAAGGCAGCUUUAUAUGGCUCUUGGGAAUUGGAUUCAGUUUUUUCUCCCCUAGAGAGGUCAUAUGUGAUACUAGGCAAGCUGAGUGCUACAAAACCACCCAUUUUAAGAAGAUGGUCACUAUGUUUUUCUGGUACUUCUAACCUGAGAGUGUUCUGCAGAACAGCUUGACUGGGAUCAGUGAGAGCUCUGGAGCUUUGAAUAUAUAAAAUGCCAGAUACUCUCAGAAGUCAGAUUCUAGGUAUUUCAUUACUAUUCUCCCCAACCCCUGAAAAAAUUGAUAUAUCUGGCUAUAGCAGUAAAUCCAGGCUGUGGACUUAUUGUGUAGCCUGUAAAAUGGUGAUAUUCCACAGGAAAAUUUAGAUGAAGCAGAGUUCCUGAAGGCAAAAUAGCUUGUGGUCAGGAUUAUUUGAAUUUCAUGGUAUACAAAUUUGUCCUUGUGUCCCGUGGACCUAAUUUUUCCAUUUUCUGUUUUUUAUUCUUGUGAUAGUGCAUGUUUUGACUUGAUCUGCAAUUUUAAUUUAUUCUGGUCAGGAUGUUAAAAUUACAUUGUGACAAAAUAACAUGCAUUUCCAAAAGGUAUGUCAGAAAGUGAUGACAAGUUCUUCUCCACAUCUGGGUUUUUAGACUUUAUUCAGUGUUAUCAAAGUUCAGAUUUACUUGAUCUUUCUGAACAGAGAAAACACAGUAGCUCGUCAAAGGUAUGCUUUAAGAUAUAGUAAGUAUUGGUGAAGGAAUUUUUCAACCUUUUUCACUCUUAUUUCAGAAAGUACUUUGGAUAUUUUUCUAAGACUGUUUUUAACCUACUUCUCCAUGAAUUAGUGCAUUGGUGACAUUUAGCUGCAUCUUUUUGUCAGUGCAACACAAUCCCUUUGAGCUUCUUUUUCUUUCCAUUUUCUUCCAUCUGUUGUACUUUUUUUUUUUAACUUUUUUUUCCUCUGUGUAUGGUUAGUUUUCUCUUUUCCAAUGACUUUUCAACUGGAAGCUUCAUGCUGAUUGUGGUGAUUGCCUGUCUUUGGUGACAUCCGUAACCGAGCUUUGUGCCGUGGGAACACAGAGAAUAGAUGUUUUUCAGACUCAGCAUUUGUAGUCAUAUUUGUGAGCUAUUCCUGCUGCCAGAUACUUAGGGACCACCGCAAGAAGAGGGAGGGAAGGGUUUCAAGAACCACCCACGGCGUGUAUAUGCCUUUGCUUUAGGAAGCAUGGAUGUAAUUAAGUCUUGCUUAACUGUUGUGAGAAGAAAAUGUUUCAAUGAAAAAAAAAUAUAUAAAUGUUGAUUGAAUAUAUACACUGAUUAUCAACUGUUGAAAAACACAAUGUUCUAUUAAGAACGUUGUCAGAAGUAGAACAGGUUGCACAGAUUUGCCUUCUGGUUACAUUAAAACACUCAUAGUGAAAAUAUGCCUUGUAAAAUGUUGUGUCAAUAUUACUCUCAGCUAUUACAAGCUGUGGGUAACUGUUUAGAUACUACAUUUUAUUUAAAUUAACUUAUAAAACUAUUUAUUCAAGGCUUUCAUUGUAUGUUGAAGUGCUCUAAAAUAGAAAUACUUGAGCAAUUAUUAUUCCCAAACCAUACUUCCUUGUCUCUCGUCAAACUGAUCCUCUAUUCAGCUAUGUAUGUAGAGCCCCUAGUUAAUGAAUGCUGUACGGCAAACACCUGUCUCAGUUGCACAAUAGUUUCAUUUCUUUAAAACUGUUCCUCAGAGGAAAACUGAUGGGCAAAAGUGAAGGGCUUUUUGUCCUGGACGUGGUUAGACCAGACGAAAGAAUGUGUGGGUUUUCUUUUUUUUGCUCUUGUUUUUUUUUUCCCAGACUCAAUCCUUUAACUCUUCAGAAUACAAGGGGUGUUAGUCUGCUCUCUCUUUUUUUUGUUUGUUUUUUUUUUUUCCCCCCUCCUUCUCUCAAUUACUGCAGGGGAAGUAUUACAGAGAAUAUAGCUCUUUGGAAGUGAUUUGUUAAAAUGCAUAAAUUUGAGCAACUGACACAUUUUUAGUAAGGAUGAAAAGGUGUGAAGAAAAGUGAUACUUUGAAUUAGAACAAACACUAAGAAGCCUGUGCAGUUCUUGGAACCUUUGGGAAUUGCAUGAAUUCUCUUGUUUGUAGGCUUCUCUCAUUCUUCUGUUACCUGCAGUUUCUCUAUGCUCUGAAUCCUGGAAUAGUGAAAUCAUGAGAUUAGAGAUGCACAUUUUUGAGGUGCACAACAAACUCGCAUCACUUUUAUCUCUAGCAGGUAGAGGACAGGGAAUAUAGCUGGGCCCUAUUUUUUCCGUCCGAGCAUACUGGAUCAAGCAUUUUAACUCUCGACUUGGGAAGCCAGAAUGUAUUUACAUCCUCAAGCAGAUUAGCAUACCUUCUCCCAACCUCCAGUCAUCUUCAAAUUUUUGUCUGGGGGUAUAAAUAAGCCACUUAUUUCAACAUAAAACUUGUAAGGCAAAUCAAAUGCAAUUUAUCUUGUCAAAAAAUGACGUAUUUUACAUCACCUGAGUAAUUUUUAUGAGAGUUGUAUAGGCAGCAUGCCUAAGACAUAAGAAAUUAUAUUGCAUGAGUGUUGAAAUCAGUCUCCUAAUAGUAUGCUUUUAAGAACAAAAUUUGGCAGUUUAAUGAUGGCUUCAUCAGUACGAACAAUUUCCACUCUGUUUAGAAUAAAAUAGAAAAAUACUAUGUUUUAUUCUUCUGCUUACCAUUCUCUGUGAAAUCUGCCCGAAUAUUUCUUUACAGGCUGUUUCUACAGAGAUUUUCAGAUGAGCAAAUAAUUCUGAACACCUAGGAACUGGGGUCCAGGUUAGGGGAUUGCCUUAAAGGACACCCCAUUCCUCUAGGAAAACAAGCAGAGCUGCUACCUUUGAGAGCAAACAUCUUAAAGUAAUACAACGUUGAAAAAACCUUCCGAAAAUACAUUCUUGUCCUUUCAUCUUACAAUGUUUCCUACUGGAAGACUAGUUUAGAACAGAUCUAAGAUAACCCUCUCUAAUUUUUUGUCUAAAUGAGUAUUUAAAUAGUAAAUGUGUUAAAUAAGCUGUUUUCUCAUUAGCCAAGUAGUUUUCCUUCUUCCUUGGUGUGUGUUUAGCUGAUUCAUAGGCAGCAGUUGUGGUUGCGUGGCAGCAGAAAUAGUAAGACCAAGCCAGUCAGGUAGAAGGAGGUCUGGGAGUGGCAGCCCCCAGGUUGCCCAGGAUUUGGCGCUGUGCCACACCACACCUUAACCUUCUUCUAGCAAGUUGUAUUCUCUGAGACCCUUUCUCUAUUACUGUUCUAGUUAGCAUUUAUCUUUCUUAAACUUGUAUUACCAAAAUGGUUCAUCAGUUCUCCCUCGUACCUCUGUGCAGCAGCAUUAACGUUCUGUUGAUUCUGAAAACAUCUUGCCUGAGGCAUCCUAGGAUUGCAGUUUGGUUUUUUUGAUGUCCACGUUGUUUGGUGGCUCUCAGACAUCUGAUGACUGACUAAUAAGGCUGGCUGUCUCUUUCUGCUGUUGCCAGCUGUUAAACUCUGUUUAUACAAAAAUGUUGACUUUCAGCACAAAGUGCAUCAUCUUGCAUUUUAUAUCAAUGCAUUUAAUUCAGUUUGUUUCAAAAUGUUAUUUUUUCUUUGUCACUCUGAUUCUCCUCUAUGUAGACAAAAAUUUGGGAAACAACGAAGUUUUACUUAUGUCUAAUAAUUUUUAAAGUUAGUAUUCUCAUACCCUAAACUAAACUGCUAACCACUACUUUCCCUCUUACAUCCUACUGUAAUCUCCCUUUAAAAUGCCUCCUUAUCUUUUUUUAGUUCUUGCAAUAAUAAAUAGUAAUUUAUGAGUUACUUAGUGGUUCAUAAAAGAAGUUAAAGAAAGAUACCUCCUCAGCCUGAAAUUUUACUUCAGGCAUCCUCAUGCUAUGUAUUAUUCCAUUUUUCAUUUACUGAAUUUCCUUAAAUAUUCUUUUCUUAAAUUCAUCUAAACCUUGCAUUCUCUUGAGGUCAAAUUUGUCAGUUCUGUAGUUGCUGCGAAAACACUUAAAUUAAGGUAGUAACUUGCUGUUUAUGCAGUACUUACUAUUCCUGACCUCCUGGAGGUAUUAGGAAUCCUUCCUCUAAUGUGUGCAAUUGCAUUUCAGGUUUCAGUCUUGUGAGGUAAAAUUUUGCAAAUCUUGCAAUCUAAGCAUAUAAAACUGUUUUGUUUUCAGUUUUGGUAACUGCUUUUUUAAACUAUGUUUCCAAGUAGUUAUUCAUACUGAAAACUGAGGCAAACUGGUCACUUAGGAUGUGGGCUUUGUUUAAUUAUUUCUAAUCUUGAUCCCAUCUUCUUGGAAGAGUGGCAUUUUUUUUUUUUUCAGUUCUUUCUUUCAACUGAUAGUAAUCCUUAUUUUUUCAUGUCAGUGGUUCUAAGGCCCUUCUUUUUUUUUAUCGUGUUCCUUCAAAACCUCUAGGCUAGUCAUACCUAACUUUUGUUAUAGUUUCUUGUUCUUUUAAUAUUUACUUUUGCAUCCUUUACCUUUGGUUCUUCUACAUUGUUGACCAAGCUCACCAUGAUGUGUGUAACUAUUUCUAUAGUUUUUCAAACCCUAGAUGAUUUCCUAAGAGAAAUUGGUUGAGAUCUUUAGUGGUAUAGCUAGUCAUUGUCACUGCUGCUUUAGUACUUUCUUCUUCCUCUCCAUCCUUUCACCCUUUGGUGUUCCAUGGUCUAUACUUACACUUCAGUUUCCUUGAGUUUUCCAACAAUUUUUGUAAUAUUAAGUAUGAAAAUCUAACAUCAGAAGUAUCUAAAAUAUUUACAUAUCUAGGGACUGUGAAUCUCUAUCAGCAUUCUUCCCUGUUUCCUAAUUUAUAUCUUAGUUUGUUGGGCUUCCCAAAAGACUAGUGUCCUGGUUACUGAGGGGGGUCCAGAAUAUGAUUGUGGCAAGUGUUCCCCUUUAAUCAACCCGUCUCCACUCCAAAAAAUGUAUAAAGAUCCUUUUCAGCCUUCAGUCAAAAUGUAUUAGUUUUACAUCUGAUACACGGUGCACAAUAUCUUUUUGGAUCUGAGGUUAUGACAGAUGUCUUGAAAGCUACUACUAUGUAAGAAGUUUUGGUAUAUUAUGGAGGAGCAGGCUGUGAUGAGGUUUGGUAUUGCCUGUGGUCUUUUACACUGCAUGCUUAUGGUUUGGUUUGCAGGUGAAGAAGAGAUGUUAAAGACCAUGUUGUUGCCUGCAAAUAUAGUAUAUGAUCACACAGCAGACAUGAUAGAGCACAUUACUUAUGGGUGUCCUGUCCAAAACUGCCGAAUGAUAAAAUGAAUUGACUGCAACUGAAGGGAGAUAGCACCAUGGCUAAUGAGUCUUUGUUCCUCUGCCAGCUAAUAAUUUUUAUCUUACUGAAAUUAGGUAGGCCAGGCUACCUUGCUUACAGCCACACUGUGAUAUAUGAAAGAUAAAUAGUAUUAAGUAUUGUUGGCAGAGAAGUCUUGCUGCAUUUCCCCAUAGUUUUAUGCACCUGAUGAUAGAUGUUCCAGAUGUUCCUGUUGCCAGUUAAGGGGCCUUUGUUUUCAGAAGUAAUGAUAUGAGUGCUGAACUUCAGGGUUUAGCAAAUUUGAAAAAGCGCAUGUGAAUAAUUCACAGCAAUCAAAAAUUGUUUAAUAAACAUUUAUGAGGUUCCUGUUAUAGAACAUCCUAAUCUUCUGAUGCUGGAAACAGUUCAUUUAGAAAUGGUGACUCAUCUUGCUAGGAGAAGGGUAUAUACGCAGUAUGAUUUUACUUAACUACAGAGCAGUGAAUGCAAGUGGAAACAGCACCGAGUUCAAUAGAAUGCUUUGAAGAUAGAGGGUUAAAAUGAUGGAAAACAUUGAAUUAAUCUGGGGGAGGGAAAGAUGACUUCCCUAUUCCACACCACAAAUUUAAGGCAUUGUGCAUAAUGCAAAGAUAAAAAUCGCAUAAUGCAGAAGGAAACUGUUUUCUUCCACUACUACCACGUCUAAACAAUUCUGGGUAUAAAUUUAAUUUGCCAGUGUUGUUGAAGUCUUCGUAAAACUUGUUUUGAUUUUUGUGUCAUGCUUCCUUGAAGACUCAAAUGAUAAACAUUUGGACAUAGUGACGCAAACAGUAGGCUAUCAAUCAAUUCCAGUUUUCACAGCAUUGUUGUUCAUUCAGAAAAGCUGUGUGAACUGACCUCUUUCUACAGCAAUGUCAUUAGUUCCUUUAGAAAUAAAGCAAGGAUCAAAAAGACUUCCAGGAUUUUUCCCUUAAGAUUUGCUGUACUGAAUGAUAUUGUAAAAUUAGUGAUCAACUGUUUUCAGUUAACUCUCAGCUUUUUUUAAUGUAUAUUGUAUGAGAGACUGCAUAUUAAUUGUUUUUGUUCUCUUUCAGUUUUCUAAGCACUGACUUCCAGUAAAUUAUUCAAACAGAAAAUAGAAUUUAGAUUAUAUUUGCCUGGUAAGGUCUUAAUUUUGACACAAGUGACAAAUGAGCAAUAGAGGAGUUAAAUAUAUGCCGUGUGCAUGCCUUUGGAUGAAAAGGAAAUAUAGCUGCCUUUGCUCUGUCUGAGCACAAAAUUAGCUGGAUCUUGGGUUUACCCUGAGUCCUGCACAGCAAGGAGAGCACAAUAGCACCAUCCCAGUCCUUGCUGCUCCUGUGGUGAACCAGGUUAGGAACCUUUUGCUCCCCUUGUCCAGGAAGUCUUAACUGCUUGUGCUCUUUGCAGGCUGGUCUGUGCUUUUCAGUGCUAUGGUGGUGGAGGUGGCAGUGUUGGAAUACUUUUCCAGGUCACCUAAAUUUAGAAAUAUAACUAGGUCAGUCUUAAGCAGUUCAAUGGCCGUUCUUUCUUCCCACAUGGGUAUGACGGUACCUGGAAGGGUUAGAGGCUUUGUAGUGUGCAGACACACUAAAAGAUCUUUAAAAGCUCUUAAAAUUUGAUUACUGCUAGUAAAACUCACUUUCUCCUCACCAGUGGUGUAAAUUCCAAUCCACUUUCUUUUCUACUGUAAAAGUCAUUUUGCAGGUCAGAACUGUAGACCACUACUUCAGCCAUUCCACUCUCCUUGUGUCCUUGACUCAAUGGUGCUCUCCAGGUUAGGGAAGGGUCGUCAUGUAUGUCUCCUUUCUGGUGUGGGUCAUUAUUUGUGCCUGUUAUCUUUUCCCAGCCAGGCUAUCUGCUUGUGUGGUAUUUAUGUAGCUGCUUAUUAGCUAUCUUCACUUCUUCUAACCAAGGUCUUUGAAUGUUCAGAGAUCUGCAGGAGGUUGUUCCUUGGUAUUUUGCUCUCAAAAGAAAAAAAAAGAAAAGAAAGAAAAAAGUGGGGGUUUUGAUCUUUGUGCAUGGGAGUUCUCAUGAAACAGCUAAGUAUAACUUUGUUUUAAAUUUUGCUCCACCUUUACCAUAACCAACUGCACUAGGACUGUCUGCUGGGUAGCAGCUGUGAGCUCUCUCCUUCCAGCAAGUUUCCUCAUAUCAUGAGAAUAACGUGCAUUUUCUGUGACUUAAAAGUGGCUUUUGGGUAUGCACAUGCAGGCAUAUUCUGAAGGGUAGGACCGUAGGAAGAGCAACUAGGGAAAUAUUCCUGUUUCUCAGACAAGCUUUUGGAAACUUGUUCAACUUCAGCUAAAUUUAUUCUGUCGGCCACCCAAUAAGUUUUAUUAGUAUCAGACUCCAGACUAUUCUGUUUAAAUUUGUCAGAAGGCCAAUGACUUUAUUCAGGCGCAACAAGGUUUCCUAAGUCUAUUACUAACAGUUAGUAGAAUGAAAUAGAGAGAGUAAAAUCCUCCACAGAGCAAAAUAACUUUUCCAAAAUGUAGCUUAUUCUGUUUGGAAAUUACAAGCUGGAAGUUUUGAAAUUCUCUGCGAAAAAGGGGUGGAAUUUUCACCCGAGAGCAGUCCGCUUUGUGGGCUGCGGCAGAGGCGCGCUUCCUGGAAGUGUUGAGGUCCUAGCCCCAAAUCCCUCAUGAAGUGCUGCGGCUCUGAAAACCUAGGCAGUGAAGAAAAGAUUGGGAACGUUACUAGGAAGCUAGGCAAGUUGUAAUCUGCUAUGCAUAUGACUUUCAGCAGGCAAUCUGUUGGAAUCAAAGCAUCUCAACAAAAUGUUUUGAUUGUGGUGAAUUGUCAGUUUUAAAAGGACAAUUUUUUGUGUUUUAGGGGGAGGCCUCAGUUUUUUUAUGCACUGUACAAACAUUUCAGUACAUUUCCACAGAAUUUAUGACUUGGACAAAAGAUGAGUGGAGACAAAACGGAGGGAGAAAAAUUAGAGGAACAGGUAGUGAUGUGGCUUGCAGCUGAUCACACUGAGGUCAGUAGGAAAGAGUUAAGAAUAGGAUUUUUUUCAUAUCCUGAUCUAAAUUGGCCUGUCUCACCCCAAGGGAAUCGUAAAAGUUUUCGAUGUCCCAGUCAUACUGAGCAACUUUACAGGAAAAAGAUGUUUCUUGGUUGCUCUCAGAAAGAAGUAGGUCAGCAACAUCUAAAGUUGCACACAAAGUAUACAGACUUGCAUGAUAUUUUUUACAUUUACUUCCACAGUAAAUGUAAGAAUGUUCCAAAACAUUUUUUCAGUAGGAGUCAUCACUUCCAUAACAUUGAUAACUUUUCACCAAUUAUAGCAUGAAAGGCAGCACGAAUAAUAUAGUGUUACUGGAAGGGACUUUAGUGGGCCUACCAAAGCUUUCAGGAGACAGUAGUAAGCCUCUUAACGCUUGCAAUGUGAAUUUCUCAACCAAGAUACUAUAGUGCGCAACAGGAUUUUGACAAUAUGGUAUCAGUAGUUUUAUUUAAAUUAGUAAAUAGAGGAGGUCUAGAACAUGCUUUGUCUGUGCUGUGUGAUUAUUAGUAGUUCUUUGGUGUGAUUUUGGUCUGGGUCAAUGAAUAUUCUCCCAGAAAAAUCUCGAGCAGUGUUCAUGGGUUAACAGUCCCCAGACCACGUUCUCAGUAAGCAGUACAGGUGAGACCUUCCUGUUGUGGAGAAGGAGAUAAAUCAGCUGAAUAGGCAUGAGCUGUUCUGUGGCACUUGCCCUGAGGUCCAGAGAACGGGUUCUGGUCCAUUUAUGAGCUACAUCUAUACCUUUAAAUGGAAUAUAUGUACUGUACCCUUAUGGGGACAGUAAAAUUAUUCCUGUCCUAUCUUUUUCCCCUUUUGUAGUCUAUUUUUAUUCUGCCUCUGUGUGUAUAGGUACAACCUGAUUUUUCACAGGAAAGAAACAUUUUACAUGGCUAACAAGAAGAGAACCUGCAAAACUAAAGGUCCUAGGAAAAGUAAUUAGAAAAGUAGCAGCAUCAUCAAUAAUGUAAAAUAGACUAAUCCAAGAAUAAACACUGCAUUUACUAUGUCUUAGUCUCCUCUAUUAGGUUCAGUAGCACUUGUUACUAUUAACUGUCCCCCCUUUUUAAAUACCUCAUUUUAAUCAGAGAUAUUAGUAACUUCACAUUCAAUGGAUCAAUUGUCCUAUCUCAUCAGGCAUCAGUAGUGACUUGGAACAUACAUUUGUAUGAAACUAAAGGUAAAACUUUUCCUUAUAUCAAAGCUGAAGUCUUCUGCCUUGGCUUGGCAUGCUGACAGAGGUGCUGUAGUCGCUGAAGAUGUCGGUAUCCCUUGUGCGCCUUGCCCUUUUCCCCGAUGUUAUCGUGACCACACUUAAAAUGGUGAAAUGCUUUGGGAAACUUCAGUAAAUCCAGGAUCUUAGUGCAAACUGUUAUUCCAUGGCAAUUUAAGCAAAGAAGCGAGAUGAUGUGUACCAGAGAGAUAAAUAGAUCCUGUUCUGCCACUCCUGCUGGAGGAUCAGUGUGCUGCAGUGGAAGGGUGGUUUGCAGUGCCAGUUUUCUUUAAAAUCGUAAGCUGGUGCAGCAGAAUCAGCUUUAACUCGUUUCAGACUUCUGGGCCUGUGAUGUUUUGUGCACGUAGCUAAUGAUUCUUAGUAGUAUUCCUAACUAUUAACUUAAAUUCUGAUGGCAAAUGCUAUAUGCAUGUUAUAAGUUUAUACCUUUUUGCUGUGAAGUGGAGAAAAUACUGUCUGAGCUCUAAAGAAAAAAAUAUAUUUAGGUUAUGAUUCACCCUUUAAACUAAAGAGGAUCUGAUAAUCUAUCAACUUUGAAGUUAACUCUUCUGAUAUUUUGGAAUGAAAAAAGUAAAAUGAACUUUUAAUGAAAAUGUAUUCGCAAUCGUAGCUGUGAACAGGUAGUCAUUCUGUGAUUUAAAAAAAAUACAUACCAUCCAGUGUAAAGAGCCCUUCAGAUAUUCUGUUACUCCUUCAUUGGCCAUUUCCUAAGCUUUUCAAGACUAAAUUCUGUGAGUUUGCUAUGGAGGAGGUCCCUAGAUACUUUAAUCUGCUAGCUGUUCAAAAAAACUUACAGUGCCUAUACAGAAAAAGGUAUUUCGUGUAUGCCAACUAUAUUGCCUACUCAUUAAAGAAUUUAUUUUUCAAUGAGUAAGGGCCCAGAAGAAGCUAAUGUAAGUAUUUUAGCAACGGUUUGUAUUUCUCUGAUAAACAGCACUCCCCUUCUGUUUGUGAUCACAGGAUGAAAGCUCUCUAAGCUUGUAUACGUACAUUUUUACUGCUACAUCAUGUAGUGUACUCUUAAGAUUGAGAUCUCAUUCCCCAGGAAGCAUUUCUGUCUAAGAUUAAUUACCCUUUUAAAAUCAGUGUUUGAUGUAUUCCUUUGGCUAUAUCCUGACUCGCUUUAACCCUCUUUGACCUGACCCCACAGACUAUUACUGCCAUGGCUGAAGCAGAAAUCCUUCAGCAUGAUGUAUGCAGUACAGACUUGAGCCUGUGGUUUUUCAUGUCGAUGGAUUCAAUUAGCUGGGUUUUUACUGAUCAACCAAGCAGAGACAUGUCAGACAUGGAAGAAAACUGUCCAGACUUUUAGGUUAAUUGGAUAGCUCAUCUCUAUUUGUAUGUUUACUUUGCUUGUAAAGUUGUUUACUUUGUUGAAUAUCAUAAUAAUGUUGCUAGAAGUAAUAAAAAAGGCAAACCAGUUUAUUCUAAAAAAGGCAAACCAGUUUAUUCUAAAAAAGGCAAACCAGUUUAUUCUAAAAAAGGCAAACCAGUUUAUUCUUCAGUUAAAUAGGAAAAGGUACAAAACAUAAAAUAGCAACCGUUAGGCCUUUGAUCUGUAUCCAUUUCCCUGACCCUUUUAAGGCAAAAGUUUUUAGACUGUAAUUAUGUCCAAGUGUCCUUUUCUGAGUUUGAUUUAUUAAACUGAGCAGAAAAACAAACAAUUAUCAUUAUGGCUUGAUGAAAACAAGUAAACUUGCUCCUCUGUAUUGUAGUUAUUUUGCUGCAACAGUAAUCCUACUUUGCUUUGCUGAAAUCAUCAUGUGAUUAGCUCAAAAAGUCCAUUAUAAAAUAUGGAUGCCCAUUAGAAUUAAGAAUAUUUUGCAGGCAUGAUGUGAAUUAUAGUAACUUGAAAACGAAGCAAAAUCGAGGUUGAAAGUUCAAGAAUGCCAGUAAAAACAUUUUUUAAAAAUGUGUAUGUUUACAUAGGUGCAUAGGAAAUAUAUAGUAUGAUCGUAUACAGAGUUUGAUAUUCAGUUGUUUGGGAUAACCAUAUUAUUGAAAACACUGACACUUAAAAAGUCCUUCCAAGCUGUUAGCAGUAAGAAGUCUCUUACAGCAAGUUGAUUUGAUUUAUACUAAUCUUUUUAUAGAAAAAUCUUUAUCAAAUAUUUCAAUUUUUCAAGAACCAUAUUGAUUACAUUUUAGCUCCCCAGCUGUAUACAGAGAUGGCCUUCAUUUCUGGAGAUCAGCUGUACAAAGUUUAGAGGGAAGGGAAACUUCAAAUUUAAUUAAGGGCAUGGUACAUGAAAGGGUUAAUUCCUCGCAAGUCAACUUGUCUGCAGUUUGAAAAGCUCCACGGCUCCUAAAAGUGAUUUAGCCCUCCCUCAACAAUGGGAGAGGUAGCAUGGAUGAAUUGGGCUCAAUUUGUCACGCAUUCAGGUGCUUAUCUUUCAGUACACACCUUGCCAUUCCUUGUAUAUUUAAAUAUAUUGUGUGCUUGCCUGUUAUAUCGAACAGUAGCAUGAUUUACCUUGAACUUUGCCUUUGUUCACAUGCACAUAGCCAAAAUAAAUUUAACUUUUUUUAUAAAAGUUUCAGUUUCUAACUGCAGUAUUUUAUGCAGGUCUGUUGCUGGUUCAGGGCUGAGGCUAAGCCACUGAGACUAAGGGAGGAAUUCCCUUCUUAAGCAGAAGGGGGGAUAUAAGAUUAUUUUCUGUAGGAAAUUUUUCUUUAUAAAAAGUUGGGGGUUUUUUCUGCCUGAAAUUUAGUUAGAUGUUUGGGUAGCAUCUCAGGCCCAGCAACUGUAAGGUCUUCUAAAACCUUUUUAACUGCUAAAAUGUUAGCUGUCUAAGAAAAAUAUUUUAAAGUUCUAUCAUAAAUUACUUUGGGAUUAUUUAUAUUGCAACAACCCCAUUAAAAAGCUUUUAAUAAACACACAGGAAUAAAAGAAAAUAAAACACUUUAAGCAUAGUUAAGUAAAGCUUUCAUUUUAAUGUUCUAACUGCUUUUCCAUUGAGUUGCAUGGACUCUUCUAUGGAAGGAAAAAUCCCCUUAGUUGCCUUAGAUGGUAUUACUGUCAAUAUUAGCUUUUGGGGACUGCAUGGAGAAUAGUUUAAAAAAAAAAAAAAAAAAAGUCUGUUUGUACAACCUGGAGUUACUGCUGCUGAGGCCAAAUUUACUUUCUCUAUAAACUUUUUUAAUGGGAUAAAAACUUUUUCUAAUUUGUUUACCUAUUGUGUGGCUGCUAUGAGAUUAUAAGCAUAACCCAAGAUCUCAUAAACUGAUCCAAAACCUCAUAAACUUUUUGUGUGUGGUGACUGGUUUAAUCGAUGGUUUUUGUUAUUUUUCACUAAUAUGGGUAUCUAACAUCAGGGUGGACUUGAGGUAGAUGAUGACAGGAAAUUACAAGAGGAAAAAUUUUAUAGAGGAGGAGAUGAUGAAUGGGGGGUGUUGACAAUUAUUUGAUUUGUUCUGAAUAUUUAAUCUUAACUAAUGUGGAUGAUAAUGCUGUACAUUCAUCGAGUUUCAUUUUGCAGACCAAGAAAGCUAGGACCCUGCUACAGUAUAAUCCAGGAAUCUAUCUAUGCUAAAAGCUAUGAUGGAGAAAUUUCUUUCCCUCUCCUUUAGGUCACAAAUGUCUAAAAGUAGGACGUGUUUAUGCUAAGGGCCUUCAACACCAGAAGAUUAUGUAGAGAUCAGCCAACUGGCCUGUGUCAAAGUGUGUGGAGAAACACAGCACCAGUUAAAGCAUGGUGUCAAAUCAAUGAAUAUGGACUUCAUGACAGUGGUGCAGUUGAGGUAUACUCAAUAUUUUGCCUGGAGUUAUACUUUUGUAGUCAAGCUCUUUGCAAAAACAGACUUCACUGAGGUUGACACAGAUCUAGUCCUGUCAUAGCCUUUUGGACUAAAAAGCAGCAGCUCUUACAAGGGGCUCUGGUAAGAUGACAUCAGGGUGCUAUGAAGGUGAAGCUGAGAAAAAAGACACGAAUGACCAAACACUCCAGGGUGGAGAGAGACUGAUGUUCUGAACUGUUUAUUUUGGAAAAGAAUUUAAAAAUUCAAAAUAAUGACUUAGAAAAAAUUGGGUAAACAGUCUUGUUCUGUUAUCCUACGAAGGGUCAUUUGGUAAACCACUAAAAUUUUGACAUUCCUUUUAAAAGCAAAAUUUUUUAAGAAAAUGCAAAGUUGUAGAUCUCUUUACCAUGAGUUGACUUUGAGGCCAGGAACUUAACAUAGAUCUGGUUAACUGGUAUGGCAGCAAUGUGAGAACAUGUCUCAUUUUAACAACUGGCAGUAAUAUGAGAACAAUUGCUCAAACGAAACUUCAGAGUUUUGUUUAAAUAUGUGUUCUCAGCUCUGGAUAUUCUUGAUACGUACACAAAUAUCCCAGACUUCUUUGAACUAUCUGACCAUUCAUUUAUACCAUUAUUAUUCGGCAGUUGGAUUAUAUCGAGGAAGUGAAGUUCUGCCCUUCCAAGCCACAUCUUACGGUGUGUUCGGAACAAUGUUUAUUCCACAUACAGUAUAAUUUUGAAGAAAAAGACUUGGUUGGAAGAGUGCACUUAAGGUGUAUUUCUGUGUGCGAGUUCUUCAGCUGAAGCAGCAUCAGUGGCUUUCUCCAUGUCUGGCAAGAUGUGUAGGCAGGAAUGAGCGAGCAGUCAAUUCUUAUGCCAUCAUGUUACACAUUGGCUGCUAAGUUCUGGAGGUCAGAAGGAACCAUUCCUUGUGGCUAGGCACAGUUGGCUUUGCAAAAAUUGUGGCAUUUUGUCACUCCUGGGCAGAGAAUACUGAGCAGCAUCCCUUGCUGAUUGUGAUCCAGCAUAUCAUCUCUGUUUCUGUUUCCACUGACAGUUAUUUCAAAUUGGAGUAGGGAGUAAGGUUUAUGCUAGUUUAGGUGAGAUUAAAGUGAGAUAGAAAAUAUAUUGACUGCUAUGGGAAAUGAGUCACUUUUUGCAAUGGAACCUGUGACUGUGUAGUGACCUUAAACUGUGAAGUUAUCAAUUUUUAAAUGUAAAAUGUUUAUAUUCAAUAAGGAGAAACUUAAAAAUAUUAACUGUUUGAAAUGCUUGUGCUGAAUUUAUUCAAACAAAGAGUAAACGAUCAUUUGGCCCUGAGAUUAAGCCAAGCUCAACUUUUUUGUCUGAUUCCCAUAAAAUUGCAUGUCCCAGAAUAAGUAGGUAAGAUUUGUUUGAAAGAAAAGUUUAUUUUUCUGUUUGAGAUAUUUAUAUUGAGGUCAUCAUUACUGUGGAAUCUGAACAUCCUGCCAUAUUUCUGUGCUUAGGUUGCUGUUGCAUGUCAUGCUCAAAAUUGAUUGCAGAAAUGUUCCAGAAUAAUUUGAGUUCAUAAAUGGAGACAGCUGAAAUAAUGUUUUACCUUCUAAUUAAAAAUACAUAUAUAAAGAAAGGUAUUUAAGUAAAGCAUGAAUAUUUCAUUUAUAAAUGGAUUGAACUCAUUCUGUAGCUGGGUUUGCUGACUGAACUAAGUAUCUUGCCAUAAAUUGAAAAAGAUAUGGUAUCUGGCUAUAGUGAAUAUUACAAAAGUAGUGUGAAAAUGUUCAUAAUCACCCAUUAGCUUAAUCUUCUGAAGCUUAUGGUUAUUUUCUGAGCACAAGCUAUUUUUGUAGCACAUGCAGUGAAAAUAAUUGUGAGGCAAGUUUUGUUAUAAAUAGUAUCUGAUCGUUGUCAGUUUUAAUUCCACGCAUUGGGGUUGUUGUCCAUUUUGAACAGGUUUCUGUUGAAGGGUUAAUGCUCUUCAUCAGUGUCUGUGCUAGUAGUUGAAACAUCCCUGUAUCAAAUUGAAAUGUUACUGACGAAAUUGAGGUUUCAGAUUUUUUUUUUUAAAUGCAGCAAGACAUUAUAACUUGUUCUGCUUUGGAAAUUUUCUUUUAUUUUGCUUUUGAGAGAUGUUGCUACUUAAAAGUACAUGGAAUGAAAUAGGUUCUUCAAGUACUUGUUUAUUCUUUUACUGGUGCACUUCAGUUCUUCAGAUCAUAAAGUUUUUCUGGGGCUGUCUCUUGUCAGUAUAUCCUAAAAUGUCCGACUUGAGGUGUAUGAAGAGGGGAGGGAUAACAGCAACUACUUCUCAGUGUUUUUUACCACCUGUGAUAAGUUAAAAUGUACAGUAUUUGAAUUUCUUUGCUUGCUAUGCAGUAUAGUCUUUCGUAAAUGAUUGUGGAUCGUUUAAUAUUCAUAUGCAAUCAUUCAUAUUAGACUAAAAGUCUAGCUUUCAGAAGAAAAUUUUCAUCUUUGUUUGUCAGGGACUUAGUCCAAGUUUUGAUUUUAAACUUCAAAAAAUCCUAAAGAGCUAGAUGAAAGUCUUCCUGGUGAAGAUGUCAGCAUGUCUCUCUGGAUGCUGAGCAUGUACUGUCGAAGAGUGUGCUGGCUGCUUCAAAGUAACGGCUCCUAAAUAUCUGUUUUUCUGUCUGGCAACCUGAGGAGCAGCAGUGGGGGAAAGGGAAGCAGGCAAACCAUAUCCACAAAAGGAGGAGAACUCCCUUGUCACUCUGCCUCAAAAGGAGUUUUCUUACUGUGUGGUAUAACAUGUUGCCAGGAAUACCUUUAGUAUCAUCUAAUCCAGAAACAAUUAUGUGCUCUGAAGAUAAGCAAGCAGAUAUUUAUGGCCUGUUUCACAGCUGAAGGAGCUGGAGGCUAGUCUUGUUAUAUUAUUCAUACUGCUGCUACUGCAUGGCACUUUCCUUGAUUAUGUUCCCUCCUCAUACUUUUUUAGUAUCCUUGUCCAGUAUAGGCCUCUGGCUAUAUAUCAUGCAAGAAGCACAUUAUUUGAUUUUCUAGUUUGGAGCACAGGUCUUAUUUUCAUUUUUUAAGGUUUUAAAGCCAAUGUAGUAAUCUGUGCUGCCCCACUAAAUAUGCAGUUCCCAAUUUUGAGGAGGAGUUUCAAGCUCUGCCCUCUCACAUGUCCUUAGCCUUCCUGAAUAAGGAGCUGUAGUUUCUUCAUCGCCUGUUUGGAUGACUGCUGAGAGGUUCUAGCACUAGUUACGCAGAGGACUUGCAUACUGAGGAGUCUGAGGCACUCCAGGGAAGUUUUUGCAAAAUCCUGAAUAUCGGUGAAAGAAUGUGAGCAAGCUAAAUUGCCUUGACAGGUGCUUGCUGGAGGCCACAGACCAGGAGGGAGGCAUCCCCUCCAAGUGUGAUGGGAUUGUACAGUGGUACAUCGCAGGGAACGUAGGCUGGCUAGAGAGGCUGAUCUGGCUGGGUGAAAGGGAACAUAUAGCUGCAGCAUUGGUGAGCCUUGUGGUGCUAAUCUGGGAGGGGAAAAUGGCUGAAAUACACACUUUUGCCAGAAGUCAUUCUCUACCACUGUUCUGCUCCUAGACACUUGCAUCUCUUAGAAAAAUAUCUUUUCCUUUCAUCAUCUUUUAUUCUUUUAUUCUAAAUAAAAACAUGAUUCAAUAAAAAAGUAAACAGAUUGCAUCAUGGGUAUGUAUAACAAUCUGAACUGAUGCUGAAUAAGCUAAUUUAAUUAUGUUCUUUCCUAAUUUUGAGUGGUUUACUUUGCAAACAAUGAUUUAUAUAGCUAAAAAAUAGAAAAGCUGAUCAUGUGAUAGCGUGACAUUGCACAUCUUCCCACCUUCUCAGAAGACUGUUUUUUCUCUUCUGUGUUCUUUCUUUGCAUCUUGUGUGAUGAUUCUUAAAUCUUGAGAGUUUUUGAAGGAAGCUUGGGAUUUGCAAGAGCAAAUAUUGUAGUGGUUAGGGCAUUCUCCUUAGAGAUAGGAAAGUGGACUCAAGCUGCCUCAGGAUGAAGGUGGCUUUGAGCCACUGUCUGAAGUACUCUUCUGACACACCGCAGCUACCAUCUCUUUUUUUCCAGCAGAUGCCCAUCAGGAAAAGGGUCUCCUGUGCCAAUACUUUCUAUUGCCCGGAUUAAGAUGGUUUCCUUAUCAGGAGCACUGGGGUACCUUUAUAGAUGACAGAGAAACAUGUCUCCUUAAACCCUAUGCUUCAGAGCCUGCCUGGUUCUCUCCAUCUUCUGGAUUUUGUGAAAGAAGGCUACAGUAAAUACAGAAUUGGUAGAUAAGAUCUCACUAGUCAAGCCUCAAGGGAAAAAGGAACCAAGAAGUGAUGCCUUGUCAGAGACAAUACAAAGGCACAAACAACCCUAAUGCAGAGAUGUAGACUUUAAUUAAACCAUAAACUCUUCAUUGACCCCUGAGAUUUACUCAGGUUGCUGAGGAACAGAAUAAAAGAUUUGUAUGAGAAAGUGGGGACAAAAUUGGGUGGGAACUGGGGAUACCCAGAUAAUCUGCAUUUCAUUUUUAAACUAGAGGCAUCAGAUUAGUGUGUGUGUGUACAUCUCCCCUCCAGCCACCCACCCCUAAAAUACUUUGUCAUAUAGUGCAAGAAAAAUCAAGGAAAGUGUUUAUAAGCUUUUCCAGUAACAAAAAGCUGAUACUGAAGUUCUAAAGUAUUUCAUCUAUUUUUGUGUAAGUUUCCACUAAGAGCAGUCAGCUCUGUAUAGGUAGCUAGCACAGUACUAAUGCCAUAUGGUGUAAUC